CAUCAGACAAACCCAUCCAAAAUCUUUGACAGAACCUCUCUUGAAAAGAGGGAUCUCAGAAGAUCAAAGACCCAAAGAACUCAUCAAUGGCGCCUUCUGAGCAACUCCCUAAUGUAGUUAUGGAAGAGGAUGAUUACAGUGAAACCGAAGGAUCCGACUCUGAAGAUUCGAAUGAUUCCCAAGAUGACCCAACAUAUGACAUUUUUGAGGAAACUCAAUCUGGGUUUUCAAAUCUCUCAAUGGAGAAGAAGUCAAAAUCUCGUAUUCAGAAAGAAACGGAUAUGGGUUUUUUGGAAGACCUGGAUGAAGUGGAAAUAGUUGCGCCAGUGCUUGAUGAGAAAGAUGAGAAAAGCUUUGAGAUGGUUCAAAAAAUGAUAGAAGCUGGUCAGUUAGAGAAACUGAAAGUGGAUCAAUGCAAGGUUUAUUUGAGGAAGAAUGGAUUGAGACUCACAGGCAAUAAAGAGACACUGAUCCAACGCAUUAAGGAGCAUCUAGAUAUCAUAAAUGGUGGUGGUGAGAAGAAAUACCCAGUCUCUAGCUUUGUCCUGAACUGUACAGGGGAUGCUUGCACAGGAGAUGUGGUUAUGUUUGAACAAAAUGUUUAUGAAAUGUUCAAUAUAGCUUCUAGGAGUGCCAGUGGCCCUCCAUGUGGUUCCAGGAUUAUUGCAGGCCGCAUCGUGAAAGACAGCUAUGGUGCUGCCAAACAACAGCAUACAUUCACGAUUGAAGUCCUAUGGAGCAAAGGCGAGAAACCGCUCCCCCCACUUCAUCCCCUACUAAUUAAGGGCCGAAACCUCUAUCGUUUGAAGACUCUGAGACAGAGAUGGGAAGAUGAAGGGGAGAGGCAGAAAGUUUUAAUGGAUAAGCAUUCCAGGGGUUCUCUUGCCAGGUCUGACAGAGAAGCAAGGAUCCAAGAGAAGGAAAUGCGCAAGAACAAUAGGCUUUUGAAGGUUACCAGAAAAGCUGAGCUGAAGAAAAAUGAAUCUCUGUCGAAUCCAACAAAGCCAGGUUUAUCAGUUGAUUCAGGAAAAUUGGUUCAACCUCCAACACAACAAAAGCAAAGCAGCUAUCAGGUUCAACAAUAUCCUCCGCUUCAAAGGGAAAAUUUAUGUCCCAAUACUUGCAAAGAAAACAUUGGGGUUCCACAGAAUAUGCUUAAGUUUCCUCAGGAAAUUCAGCACAGUAAGCAUGAUGGGUGUUUUGCUAAUAAUCAUAGCCAUAGGGAACCAUUGAGAAGCAUGAACCAUUUUCCUCCAGUCAUUCCAUCACAGAGGGGCUAUCCUCCAAUGACCCCUUCAUGGGGCUAUCCUCCAAUGCCCCCUUCAUGGGGCUAUCCUCCAUUGAGUUCAUCAUGGGGCCACAGCGACAACAAACAAGUAUGCAGACAUUAUGCUAAAGGAAGAUGCUACUUCGGAGAUAACUGCAAAUUUUUGCAUGAUUUGAGAUAAGAGAAUAUGUGAUCCAAGGAGUGAAAUAGAGCUGAUUGUACUGCUGACAUCCUGAAAUAUCUGUUGCUAAUCCUCCAAAAUGUCUAUCUCAGAGAAGGGGUGGACAUACUAUUUACAGAAGGGAGGAAGCUAUUUUUGGAGACAACCACAAACUUUUACUUGUUUGAGAGAUUGUCAUCAAAGGAGAGAAAUUCAAGUGGUUGUGCUGGUCUUCUGAAAUUUCCAUUGCUCAUGGCAUUUUGUGUAAAUUGGGGUUCCCUUUGGGACAACCCUCUCAGAUUCUUUUGCAAUCAACGCAACCAGAAUUCUAUUAUCAUUUCA